AGAGAGGGGCGAGGUGGAGGGACUGUGGGAUAGGAGAAGGCGAUGGAAAAAUUGUUGUGAAGUUGUGUGUAAGGCAGGAGGAGGGGGAGAGGUUUGAACUUGUUGAUGGAUGAGGAACAGAAUGUAGUUACACACAGACAAGUUAGGACAGAGGCUUGGACAGCAGUGGCUGGGGAUCUGCUGUGUGUGAAAGGUGUGGCUCUGCUCGUCACGCAUAUCAGCCCCCCCCCACCUCCCUCUAACCCAGUCCUGCCUGGACCUGAGUAAAGGAAGCAGCUAACCUCACACUCACAGCUCAUUGUCCCUCACACAGCAGCAGACAAAGCCGUCGUGUUGGGUUUGGUACUGUUGGUUGGCUGUGGUGUGUUGCUGGGAGCAGAGAAUGGCUAACUCCGGGUUCCAGCUGCUGGGUUUGACUCUGGCGGCUCUGGGCUGGGCUGGGCUGAUCGCCACCGUUGCGCUGCCCCAGUGGAAGAUGUCAUCUUACGCCGGAGACAACAUUGUGACGGCGCUGGCCAUCUACGAGGGGCUGUGGAUGUCGUGCGCCGCCCAGAGCACAGGCCAGAUACAGUGCAAAGUGUACGACUCCCUGUUAGAGUUGGACAGUACGCUGCAGGCCACACGAGCGCUGAUGGUGAUCUCGCUGCUCCUCGGAGCCCUGGCCAUUCUGGUCGCUAUCACCGGCAUGAAAUGUACCAACUGUGGUGGCGACGACAAGGUCAGGAAGAGCCGGAUUGCCACCAUGGGGGGUGGCCUCUUCAUCGUCGCAGGCCUGGCUGCACUGGUUGCCACUGCCUGGUAUGGGAACGGAGUAGCCCGGGAGUUUUACAGUCCCUUCACCCCCGUCAACACAAGGUUUGAGUUUGGCCACGCCCUGUUUAUCGGCUGGGCGGCCUCUGCCCUCACCAUCCUGGGGGGCUCCUUCCUGUGCUGCUCACUGUCCAAGAGCGUAGGGGGGUCAUAUCCUGCCCGGGGCGGGCAGUACCCGCGCUCCGCACCCCCCAAGGACUACGUGUGAGGCGGAGCCUGGGUACCUCAGCCAAAAAUGUCUUUGGUUAAAGUUCUGGAUCUCUUGUUGCCUUUGAUGAUGGUUCGUUUCAGGUGGGACAGGAAAGGGCAACAGCUCUCGGUCUAUUCCAGUUCUUAACAUCUCAGAUUUUAAACAGUAAUUGGCUUUCCGUCCUCAGGUCUUGUAACAAUACUGUAACCUCUCAAAGUGUGUUUUUUUUUACAUUUGUUAAAGUUUAAGUACAGUGUAACCAGGAAAUAAAUAAACAUCUCUUCAUAAGAAA